GGCUGUUAUAGAGCUUCAUUUUACAGACAUGAAAAACAAAAAGAGACAUAGAUUUGCCAAAGUAAUAAUAAUUAACUGAUCGAAUCUCUUAGGUAUAGUUGAUGCAGGUCUGAGCAUUAAAGGACACUAUUGUUGUUUAAAAAGCAAACUUGGAUUAAAGGAAUGGAUGACAGGACAUUUAACUUUUCUCAUAAAGAACUCUACUUGAUUGGAUUCACGGAUCUGCAAGAGUAUCGUCAAUAUCUGUUCAUUCCUUUUUUGGUCAUCUUUGCUUUCACAUUGUCUGCAAACUCAAGUAUAAUGCUGGUGAUUGUCAAAGAACGCAAGUUACAUGCACCCAUGUACAUUCUGAUCGGGUUUACCGCAGCUAUUGGGUUUAUACAGCCAAUUUUUCUACUUCCAAGAAUGUUAAUCAGUUUUCUGUUUGGCAAAAAUAUGAUUUACAAAGAUGAAUGUCUUGUUCAAAUGUUUUGUCUGCAUAUGGCAGGUUGUUUCCAGUCGACUAUUUUGGUUGGCAUGGCAGUCGACAGAUUAUUUGCCAUUAUUUUUCCCUUACAGUACCAUGACUAUGUAAACUUCAAAUCUUCAUUAAUAUUCUGUUUGUCCCUUUGUUUCCGUAACUUGCUUUACGUUGUUGCAAUGGUUGGCUUGAUCGGGCCGCUCUAUUUCUGUAAAACAAAUGUGAUUUAUCAUUGUGUUUGUGAGCAUACAUCCGUUGUUAAUAUAGCCUGUGGUGAUCUGAGUAAGAACUACAUUGCUGGGACAAUCGGUUUUGGCUUAUUAUCAAGUGACUGUAUAUUUAUAGUCUGCUCUUACAUUGUCAUUUUUGUGAUUAUAGCUCGCUCUCCUUCUGGUGAGUCGCGCCAAAAAGCCAUCUACACAUGUUGCACGCAUUUAAUGGUCUUAACGGUGGCAUUUCUCUGUGCUGUGGUAGCAUUUGUUGGCUACAGGGUUACUACCAUACCUAAAGAUUUCCGUGUGUUAGGUACCUUGUCAUAUCUUCUUCUUCCAAACUGUUUUAACCCAGUAAUCUAUGGAAUACGAACGAAGGAAAUCAGAGUUCAAGUUCUUAAAUAUUUAUCCUUUAAUUAGGUUGAUUCAUAUUAAAACUGUCUCUUUCAUUUUACUUUGUUGCCCUUUAUCUUUAAUUCCAAUUCAAUGUACAUGCACUGUUAGACAUUUCUGUAAUUUCUACAGUUAUUAACUGUAUAUCACCCAGUAUAAUACUGCAAAUUCCCUUUGCAGUAAAUAACUGUAAUAAUCAUUGCAUUAUGGGAAUUAUUUGUGACAUCAGACCCCAUAUACAGAGAGUUACUGUAUUUUUAAAAAUUGCUGUAUACUACUGUAUUUGCUUUAACGGCCUCAUUGGCGGCAUUCUAUUCAGGCCGUUUUAUUUUCCUCAUUUAUCAUAUUUGGAUUGAAACGAUUUGCCCUACACCGUGUCUACAAUGUCAACAACAUGGACGGACUACAUUGAAUGUGUUGCAUCGCUUGUAAUGACUGGAAAAUCCGUUUGUCCUUCAUGUCAGACACAGCGCGAGUGCUUGAAGUACAUCUGUAAGUCAGAAAUAUACCGGGGCAUUACUUUACUGUAAGCAUCCACUGUAUAUAGUAUAUAUAAUGGGUUCUCUAUUGUGUUUUGUCGAGUCACGCUGCACCGCACCACUCGUGUCCAAGGAAGACGCUGCAGCAGGCAGCACCGCGGCGUUUGCCCGGGGAUGAACCCGCGAGAAUGGAAGAGUUCCAGGGGAACAUCUACACUGUGUGUCAAUGCAACUUACGAGAGAGUAAGACCAGCAAGUAAGAGAAGACAUUUCUGUCACCAACAAAGUGGAUGGUGAGCAAAGGUGGUGGCCACAUUUUGGAGCAGCACCUGGGUUGUGCAGAUGGCUGUGUAUUCUUUAGCUGAAUGUUUUUUUCUCCAUUAUGUUUCUGUUGCCUCUAGAUUCUUUGUGAGGAUAAAUCCAGAGGGUACAACAUAAUGCACUGCAAAACGUCCUAAGACAGGAGAAAUGGUGAAGAUGCACUGUUCCAGCAGUGGAAGACUGUAUUUUUAAAUGUUAUACAUGGAUUGUUUUAAAUAAAGUAUUUGAUAUUUUGUGAUUAUUGUGUCGGUUUAAAUUGAAUGCCAGUAGUACCUAUGUAGAGUAAAAAUAAAAUACAUUUAAAUGAAUUCAAUAUAAAAAACCUACUGAAAUCAUUAAAAUGAAUGAAUUACAGUAGUAUACUGACUUUUUUUAUAGUAUUUGGCUGUAAAACAGCUACAGUUUGCAACUGUAAAUUAACACAUUUCUAUAUUUCAAAUCUCUUAAAGAAUUGUUAGGCUGCACUAAUUAGAUCAAUCGGAACCAAAAACACUUUCCAUAACACCUGAUGUACUUGUUGCAUCGUAAGAAGAAUGGCAUCUAUGCUAAUAUUAGUCUGUUUCUUUCUUAUUCCGAGAUCACCGUAGCCACCCAGAUCCAGUCUGUAUCCAGAACAGAUGAUGGAUCAGCACCUAGAGAUGACCUCUACAGCCCUGAAUGUCAGCGGAGACCACUUCAACUGAGCCCCAGAGACAGAUCCCCUGUGAAGACCUCCUCACACAGACAGCCAUCAGCAUAAGACCACAGAAACCAGAUGAAUGCAAGAAUGCAUUAUAAGGAAUGGAGCUUAAAUGAUUUGUGAUGGAUUAUCAACUAAUUAUGCACCUUCCUUGUUCAUUCCAAGAAUCAACUGGUGGCACCAAAUGCCAUUGAAAUUCACAGAUCAGAUGGAAUUACAGCAAGAGGGUGCAAAGAAAAAAAACAUCAGCCUGAAUCCCCUCAUGGUGUUUCUCAUCAGAGAGCUUGUCAACUUUGCCACACAACACAAACUAAUUUUUACUGUAU